AUGGAGACAACGACCAAAUCAGAGAACGACCAACUGUCGAUGGAACAUGAAUCGACGCCAGAUGAAGAUUCUGGAUCUGCAAAGUUGCCGACUUUUCCAGCUACAGGAGCUAUUAAUUCGGAAUCAUCCAUUGCUGAAUCGGAGACAAAAAAGGAGAUUCUCCUGCGUAAAGCACAAAGCUUCUACGAACGCUAUCAAAUCAGAGAGAAAUCGUCGGAUACCGAUGAGGAAUCCAAAAGAGCCAAGGAAAGGAUCAAGAGAAGAGAGUCUCACGACAAAAAGCAAGAUAUUCGAAUGCGUCGUGCAGCUAGUAUGCAGUUGGCUUUGAUUCGUUUUGAAGGAGAGGAAUCAGAUGAGUCUUCGACCGAGAGAUUUUUGGGAUCGCAACAAGCACUGGAGCUUCAAGCGUUAAUCAAUUCAAUUCGAAUUCGUGCUUAUUCAAAAACUGCUACUAGUGCGAUGACCAAGAAAAGAAGUCCCGGAAAACCGAGAAAGGUCCUAUCAUCAACCACCUCUAUAGCAAGACCGUCCAGAGGUGUUGGCCUGCCAAGAAGCUCGGGAUCUUUGAGAUCAGUUGAUUCCUCAAGAACAGCUUCGGAAUGGUCUAUUUGCGGGGAUUGCCAACGAGUUUUCUGCGAUCAACAUUCGAAAGCAGUUCAUCAAGCCACCUGCAACGUCGUCAAGCAAACGUGCUUAAUUUGCUAUGAGUUUCUGGAAGCAAAUGAAGUGAUGAGAACUCAUCUCGUUCAGAUGCACUGCACUCAAGAAGAAUUUGAUGCCAUGCAGAACGAUGCCGUGGAAGAUAUUCUGAGAACCGGCAAUUUCUCUUAUGUGGAUUUAACUCUUCCGCUAGUUUGGAUGCGAAUUGUGAAGAGGGCGGAAGAGAUCGUCGUGGACAAGAUCAAGGAGAACCUGGAGAAAAAAGCCAAGGCCGUCUAA